GACAUCAUAUGGCUCGACACAUUUUGGGUGAUCAUAGUUCAAUACGCCUAUUGCGGGUGUCUCAUAGCGAGGGUCCCCGUUCUUGAGAACCUUAUUUCCUCCAACAACCAAUCUGAGCAGAGCUCGCUGAUUCUUCUCUUCGUUGCCACCAUCACCGCCGAAUCGCUGAUCUCGUGCUAUUCUGUGUAUCUCACGAUGCGGCUGGCAAUUCGAAUUCGCAGCAUGCUACAGGCAGCAAUAUUCAGAAAAAUCACUCGCCUCUCCCCGACCAGCAGGAGCGACAACCCUCCUGGAUAUGUGGUUACGGUGAUGGGCAUUGACUGCAUGCAGCUCUCCAUGUCCCUGCAACAGUUCCCUCCACCGCUCGUCGGUCUGACGUGCAUGCCGGUUGUCUUCUACCUCCUGGCGGCUCGGGUGGGGACAGGACCUGCGCUCUGCUGCGCGGCGUGGCUGCUGGUCACCCUCACCUUGCCUUUUCCGACGUCCAGACUGCAAAAUGCCAUCUGGAGGCGCAUUAUGAAGUGCCGUGACGACCGCCUCAAGCGUUUCACGGACCUCCUGUCUUCGGUGCGGCUGGUCAAGAUGUACGCCUGGGAAGACGCGUACAUGAAAGCCGUCAACGAGCUCAGAGACAAAGAGAUGGUUCCCGUGUUUCUGGUGAACCUCGUCGACGGUCUCAUCGAUUCUCUCUACAGCGCCUCGAGUUCGGUGAUGGUCAUCAUUCUUUUUGGCACACUAGCCGUCCUGGAUCCGACUCGUACGCUGAGUGCGUCGCUCGCUUUUUCGUGCGUCUACACUUUGUCCCUGGCCGAAAUACCCACAAAUGGUAUAACUCAACUCCUUAGGAUGAGAAGCCUGGUGUCACUCGGCAUGACCAGGAUCAUCAAAUUGUGCACAGAAGACGAACAGGAGGAGGAGCCUCAGGACUACAAGGUUUCUCGCAAGACGGGUGAGAUCGUCAUGGAGAAAUGCGCCUUCGCAUGGACCAAGAGGAAAGAGUGCGUAGAGAGCCCAACCCUGCACUCCGUAUCCCUGGAUAUUGCGCCGGGAUCUCUCGUUGGGGUCGCAGGUUUUGUGGGCAGCGGCAAGUCUUCGUUCCUCUCGGCCAUUCUUGGAGAUAUGCACUGCAUAGAGGGCACGGUCAGAACCGCCGGCCGCAUCAGCUACGUCCCUCAAGUGGCCUGUGUGUACAACAUGACCGUCCGGGACAACAUUUUGUUCGGCGAAAAGUUCGACUCAGCACGCUACGCCAGUGUCUUGCGGGCGUGCGAGCUGCUCAACGACAUCAACAAGUUCCCCGCGGGAGACCUCACAGAAGUUGGGGAAAAGGGUACAACGUUGAGUGGCGGUCAGAAGCAGCGGAUUUCGCUAGCUCGUGCCGCGUACAGUCGUUCCAACAUCUGCCUGCUGGACGACCCGUUGAGCGCCUUGGAUCCCACUGUCGCCGCCAGAGUUUUCAAGCAAGUGGUGGGAAACGGCGGCCUCUUGAAAAAUCAGACUCGAAUUCUGGUGAGCAAUCAAGGACACAUACUCAAACACAUGGACCAGUUACUCCUGAUGCACGGCAAGACAGUGAUUACGCAUCGCAGCAUUGCUGACUUGGUUCAAGAUGACCGGGCGCCAGAAACACUGCGCUUGGGUGCGAAUAUGCCGCCGUCGCAGAUGACUGUCGAUGCAAGCUUGCAACAUUUGAAAUCCAAACGAGACAUGGCAAGAGGAAGGGUCAUACGAAAGGAGGCUUCAUCGUCAUCUAUGGGGACACUCGAAGUGGUGUGGUCCUUAUGCAAGCUUUCCGGUUUCUGUGUGCCUAUUGGCACCGCCUUCUUCAUCGCAAGCGCAGUGGCACUCGCGUGGCAACAACUCUGGAUUAAACAAUGGACGGAUGCCAACUCUGAGGACAGUACCGUCGAUCCCCACAGUCCCUCAUGGGUUAAGGGACUGGUGGCCCUUUGCCUGAGCGAUGUGUUGUUCCGUAGCGUCGGAGGAAUCUUGUUUGCUCUGAGCAAUCGUCGACUGUCCAUGGGCCUGCACAAUUCAAUGCUGAGCCACGUCAUGCACAGCCCGGUGCCAUUUUUUGACUCCACACCACGGGCAAGACUGUUGAACAGAUUCACAGUCGACCUGGAGUCGAUCGACUGCCGACUCUACCUGGCCGGAAAGCUAGGGACCCAGAACAUACUGAUUACACUGUCCAGACUGUCCAUCAUCGGCAGCCAGACGCCGCCGGUGCUGGGUGUGGGAGUAGUUGCUGUCAUACUUAUGGCGAUAGGAAUGGUUAUCACAGUACGGGCAUCCAACAGCAUCCGGUUCAAAGAAAGUACCCAUGUGUCGAAGGUUUUGCAACACACCACGGAGACCAUAGAGUCGUUAAGCACUAUUCGGGCCUACGGGGCCGUGGAACGCUUCUGCAAGCACUUCUGCCGACUGACCGACGGCAACAUGCGGAUGACCUACGGCUUCAUGGGGUGCUUCCGAUUGACGAAGGUUUUGACCUCCUUGCUGGGAUUUGUGAUCGUGCUGGCGACCCUCAUUUCCGCGGCUCUGUUACCUGCGGAAGAAGACGGCGUCUCAAAGUCCAGCAGUGUAGGCCUGGCGCUCAGCUCAUCUCUGGCUAUUCCAAUGUCCUUGAUGUCCCUGUGCAUGGUAGUCUUCAACCUGUUCCAACUAAUUGUGUGCUUUGAGCGUUGCAUCGAAUACACAAAGCUGCCGAAAGAGGAACAAGUUGAGAAACCCAAGAAGGACGGCGAUACAAAGCGUGUUAACGAUGGCUCACGUGCAGCAGUAGCUCUGUCCGCAAACGAGAGCUGGCCCACCGAAGGUCGAGUGGAAUUUAAGGACUACUCAACGUCCUACAGACCAGGAGUUCUGCCCGAUGUACUAAAGGGAGUGACGUUUUACGUUGACGCAUAUGAAAAGGUGGGCGUCGUGGGUCGAACUGGAGCCGGCAAAUCAUCACUAGUCCUGGCUCUACUUCGAGUGCUCAAGGCCACGGAAGGAUGCAUCAAGAUCGACGGCGUAGACAUCUCUCAAGUUCCACUAAGAAGACUCAGAUCCGCGGUCACCGUUAUUCCACAGGACCCCAUUCUGGUUCGAGGAAGUCUCCGAGACAACCUGGACCCAACCAGAUCGCACACGGACGAAGAACUCUGGCGUGCACUGAACCAGGCUCAUUUGGGAGACCUUGUUACGAGGCAUCCUGAGCAACUCCUCCUUCAGACCGGGGACGGAGGAAGCAAUCUGAGCGUGGGUCAGCGGCAGCUCGUGUGCCUCGCCCGUGCACUGAUUCGAAUGCCUCGAGUUCUGAUCCUGGACGAAGCCACGUCGCAGAUGGACGGCGACACGGACCGCCUGAUUCAGGCAACGCUCCGCGAGAGCUUCGUGCGCUGCACGGUGCUGGCCAUCGCACAUCGAAUCCAUACCGUGCUCGACUACGACAAGAUCCUGGUUAUGAGCGAUGGCAGCGUCCUGGAGUAUGGAUCAGUCACGCAACUUCUCUCCAACCCGGCAACGAUGUUCAGGAGCAUGGCUCAAAGCGCAGGCGUCGUUCCAUCACUCGACAGCGAGCAAAAGAAGAUCUCUAGAACUAAACUCUGA